UCAAAGUAAUGCCAUAAACGGAGCGACUUCUGGAAGCAGUUGGCAAAGACAAGUAUAUUGUGCCGUGGAAGUCUCGAUUCAUUGUUAUUUUGUCAGCAAACGAUUAUAUUAUCGUCUGAUACAAAUCUCGCUCCAGUUCUCAUGUCGUCUGCUUUUCCGUCCACGGUUGUUUCGUUACCUGUGUUGACUUCUCUCCUCCACUCCAAGACGAACGAGGUGAUGUCGUCUGCUUCUGUUUGGAUUUUCCUCAUAACUCUGUUGGACUUGUCUAUCGCCGACAGCGAGAUCUGCUACUCCGUCAAAGACGGCAGCUCGGAGGACUGUAACUACGGCUGCUGCGGCAGCGACGGCGACAAGACGUGUUGCAGUCUUCUCGGCGUCAUCAUCGGCGCCGUGGUCGGCUCCAUCAUCGCAAUCGGCGCCGUGGUGGGCGUCGUCAUCUGCUGUCUGAAAAGUCACAAACACAAAGGUCGCACCGUCCGUCCGUCCGAGGACGCCGCGCUACAGAGAAGAGCUGUAGGACCCGCUUCGACCUUGGCUCCACCUCCGUCGUACAGUUUCACUGGUUACAGCAGCCACUACAUACCACACAACCACCAACGUCACGAGCUGACGGGCAAGUCGCCGCCGCCAUCUUACAAUGACCCGGCAUACCCGCCGCUGUACCACCCACCCGGUCACCAAGCGCCUUACACCCCCCGACCGUCAGGGCAGGGUGCCCGGGACUGCAACACGCCUGGUGAACACAGUCGAUACUUGAUUUACGCACAGGGUCGUACCCCCUUGUACGAAUCUCCUCCCCCGUAUUCCUCCCCUACAUACGAUCGGCAUGGAGGGAUGAACUCAUUUCUUGAAGAUAUUCAUACGCAAAGUGGAACUAAUGUCUGUUGUGUACAGACAAUACCGACAACUGUUAUAAACGCCAGUGUAUCGAAUCCCGGUGUAUCGAACCCGACUGUGUUAAAUACCAGUGUAUCAAACCCUACUGAGUUAAAUACUGAUGUAUCAAACUAUUAUGUUGUAUCAGACAAUAGUGUAUCAAAUCAGACUGUAUCGAAUUCCAGUGUUUUAAAUCCCACAGUAUCAAACUGCACUGUAUCAAACACCAUUGUAUCAAGCACCAUUGUAUCAAACACCAUUGUAUCAAACACCAAUGUUUCCAAUCCCUAUGUAUUAAACCCCACCGUAUCAAACCAUAUCGUAUAAAACACCAGUGUGAAAAGAAAGACAAAGAAAGACUAGUAAAAAUUAAUAAUCUGUUUUUAAAAUGUAUAUUUUUGCAUUACUGUUAAUGUUACCACUUGUAAUAUUAACACAACUGUUUAAAUGUCCAGUGAACUCUGUCUUGUGCAAGUUUCGAUUUAUCUUUCUUACACACCAAAGUGAGAGAUCACCCGUUGACGCGUGGAUCAUUUACGUCUCGAAAAUACGAUGGAGGUCACUUUUGAGACUUGUGAUUGGUUACUUCACGAUGAUGACACUGUUGCCACAGACAUACCAUUCAAUAAAACAAACACCACCGAAAUUGAUUCCUCUGUAACGUAUAAGUUAACUUGAAACUGAUUGCUCUGUGACACACAAGUUAACUGCAAACGUAAGGGCCAUAAAUAUGUUUCAGUUGAAAAAACGUUUAAAUGUAUUCUAAACUUAGGUGUUUUUUUAAGGAUGAGUGAUGAAUCUUACCCUAUGUCAAACACCAUUUAUCUUAAAACCUCGUUGUUAGAUAAAUGGUGUUCAACGGCCACUUAUGUAGUAUUAUCUAUAUUAUCUCUUGUAUAUAGAGACAGUGUGGGGGUGGCAGUCCUCUUACGGGUGAAGUAGGAAGGAUGUAUAGGCUUUUCAUAUUAUCAAUACAUCAGGAUGACUGCGUUAUGUAAAGAUACGUGGACAUGUUAAUUGUUAUGUUGUUCAUAUUUAUGUUUAACAAUACAUAUUAAUAUAUAGAUGUAUGUAUAUAUUAAUAACUAUAAAAUCAGUAGUUACGUAACGCUUUAUCAUGGGAUGCAUUACAAAUGUCAUAGGAGUGUUUGUCGGGUGUGAUCGGUCCUCGUCGAUGGGUCCAUUGGGCUAUUUCUCGCUCCAGGCAGUGCACCACGACUGGCAUUUGCUGUUCUGUGUAUAUAUACUCUUCA